AUGGAGCCAUGGCAGCGCAAUAUUCGCAGGAUGCACCAAGUCGAGGAAUUCAUGGAUCUUGAUCCAAUGAAGUCCGACACGGUCGCCGAUUUCGCCGCACUUCUUCAGGCGGUCCGAGAAGGGCUUACCCAUAUCGACGACGAAUCCUACAUCCCCGAUUCGCAGAUCAACCUGAUGUUCCUCACCAAGCUCAAGGACUGCCCGGAGUGGAGUGAUUGGGCCUCUGCCAUGCUGCGAGAUCGUCGAAUGAACACCCCCAAUCCAGCGGACCAAAUCACCUUUCAAGAGCUAACCGACUUGGCCGUGGACCAUGAGAGGAUCCGUAAGCGGCGGGGAAGGCGUGUAUGGAGCGGCAAUGGUACUUCCAGGGUAGAGGCCGCAUCUCCCUCGAAGACUUCGCAUGAAUCCCACGCCCCCACGCAAGACGAGAUCAACGCGUUUGUUGUCCGACAGAUGGACCAAGAUGGGCAAUUCCGUAGUCGCACUGGAAGCGUCCGGGGACACGCCAAGAGACCAAGUCAAGAGGAAAUCAACGACUACGUGAUUGAACAGAUGCGCCGCGAGCGAGAGCAAACCUCGAGGGAUCAAAGCUACAGUCAGCCCGAUCAACGCCCAGUGCGGAUGCACUGUACAUUCUGUGGGGACAGACACCACCAGCUAUCAAACUGCUGGCGUCGAUGGAGGGUUGCUGUGGAAGCACCGCACGGGAAUUACUUGCCCAAACGCGUCGAGUACAGAACUGAGAUUCCGGGUCAACCGCCCAUGUAUCGCUCGGGGUUUACUCUUUAUUAA